GGUCCCACGCAUGCGUCCCCUGAGCAUAACGGCGACACCAUUUUAAAGGAAGAAAUGAAAACAGACAGAAAUCAACAGUCGGUAAUUUUUCAGUAAUUUAAUUGAUAAGAGCACAUGUGUGUCCUGACACAACCGGACGCGUAGCCCCGACCUGAUCUGGAGAAGAGAAGAACUGAUCUCUGAUACUGCGCGACCGAACCGGUCCUGAGCUCAGUUUCGGAUCUGUUCAGUGUUAUUUAUUUGUGUGUGUGUGUGUGUGUGUGUGUGUUCGGGUGGAGCUGAAGCAGCGCAGUUCCGUCCACAGCACAGAUGGAUGGAGAUGAGGAGAUCCGCUCAGAUGAUGGCAGUGGUACUCCAGUCCAGGACGAGCAAGAGGAUUUGAGACCCGAAUCACGACGGUCAGACGAUGACGGCAGCGAUAAUGAGGACACCACUCACGACAGAAAGUCUGAUAUCGCAGACAGCGGGUCGGAUCACGAAGGUCAUGGAGGAGAUGGCAGUGAUUCAGAACCCGAACGGCCGCGACCUGCUGACAGCGACGAGGAUGAGGACAGCUCGCCUGUAAAGCGAAGAGCGAGCAGCUCCGACAUGGAGGAGGAGGAGGAGAAGACGCACCCUGCCAGCAACCACGACGAGCAGGAGACGCGACGCAGCCCGAGAUCAGACGCGGGAAGCGAUUUAGAUGAUGACAAACCUAAAGAGAAAACGCAGAGAGCAUCUGAUGAUGAAGAGGAAGAAGAGGAAGGAGGGAGGUCAGAGAAAGGGAAGUGGAAAUCUGUGAUGAACUCGGACAGUGAGGAAGAGGAGGACAAACCGAAGGAGGAAGCAGGAAGUGACCAGGAUGAAGGGCCCAAACGACGGGCUCUGGACAGCAAUGACGAUGAAGAUGAGGAUGAAAAGCCUGUGAAGAGGAAGAAAGCCAUUCUUUCGGACAGUGAGGAAGAGGAGGAGAAAGAGGUGAAGAAGAGCCGGCUGGUGUCUGAUGAUGAUGACUCUGGCAGUGAUGAAGGCUCUGGAGCUCCUGAUAAGAGUUUAGCCGCUAAACUGAAGGAGCUGGGCUCAGACAGUGAGGAAGAGGAGGACGGCAGAAAGGCAGACGGCGGGAAGAAAGACGAGAAAGCGCUGUUCGGCAGUGACAGCGAAUCGGGCGAUGAUGAAGAAGAGAAAAUGAUUGCAGAUAUCUUUGGUGAGUCUGGCGAUGAGGAAGAAGAGGAGUUUACGGGCUUCAAUCAAGAGGAGUUGGAGGGCGAGAGGCAGCAGUCUCAGGCCGCAGGAAGUAAGGGUGCGGAGAACGACUCUGAUUCUGAUGAUGAUGUCGUGGACCGAGGAGGACACGACAUGUCCUCUAUGUCAGAUUUUGACAUCAUGUUGGCUCGUAAGAAGGCUCAGAGUGGCAAACGCCGACGGAAUCGAGAUGGGGGGACGUUCAUCAGUGACGCGGAUGAUGUCGUCAGUGCGAUGAUUACUAAAAUGACAGAAGCUGCAGAGGAGGACAGAACUUUAAACAGUCAGAAGAAACCAGCUCUAAAGAAACUCAUGCUGCUGCCCACAGUAGUGAUGCAUUUAAAGAAGCAGGAUCUGAAGGAGACAUUUAUAGACAGUGGUGUGAUGAUGGCAAUCAAGGAAUGGAUCAGUCCUCUGCCGGAUAAGAGUCUGCCAGCGCUCAAAAUCAGAGAGGAACUCCUCAAAAUACUUCAGGAAUUGCCCAGUGUGAGUCAGGAGACACUGAAGCUCAGUGGCAUCGGGCGAGCCGUCAUGUACCUCUACAAACACCCUAAAGAGUCUCGACCGAACAAAGACCUCGCUCUCAAACUCAUCAACGAGUGGUCGCGGCCCAUCUUUGGUUUAACGUCAAACUACAAGGGAAUGACGAGAGAAGAGAGACAGCAGAGAGACCUCGAUCAGCAGAUCGCCCCCCGCAGGCGACUCAGUUCAGGUGGACAGACUCCUCGCAGAGAUUUGGAAAAGGUGCUCACCGGAGAAGAAAAGGCGUUGCGGCCAGGUGACCCCGGGUUCUGUGCGAGGGCGCGUGUGCCGAUGCCAUCCAAUAAGGACUACGUUGUUCGGCCUAAAUGGAACAUAGACAUGGACUCAAGCAGAGGUCCAAUGAAGAAGGGAUUAUCACGAGUAGAUAAACAGAUGCGACGCUUUGCAGACAUCAAACGGCUAACGAAGACGGGACACGCGGUAAAGAUUAGCGUGGAGGGGAACCGUAUGCCUCUCUGAUACUGCUUUCUCCCCCACCCCCCAAAAGCCCCCCCAGCUAUCUUUCGUUUUGUAUUUUUCUGUAAAACGGUGCCAGUCUUGGAUGUUGGAUUCUACAAUAGUUCUGCAGAAUAAAGCGAUGUCAGAAAGGCUACAUGUUUGUACUGUAGCUACAUGUCUGUGGUUUAGCUGCGCGUGGUGAUUUAGCAUAGCCACACGUUUGCAAUUUAUUGACUGCCUACAGAACUGAACUAUGAACCCUUGCAGUGUUUGGUUCCAAUGUAUCUUUCAUGAUAAAGAGUUUCCAUGUCAUAACUUUUA